UGUCAAUGUCAAUAAAAUUAUUAUUAAUAUUAUCGACAAAAAGAUCGGCCUCUAAGAUGACCCAUUGACUAAGAUUAACGAUAAACUGAAAUUCAAACAUUGUAAAACAAACAAAUAGAGUUAAUUUAUUAUUAAUUUUUAUUUUAACAUAUAAUAUUUUUGUAUUUUGCUAAUUGGCAUUUCUUUUUGUCAAACAAUGAGUUAAUUUUAGAACGUUUAAGUUGAUGCCAAUGCCAUCCAAAGGUUGUGGUUGAUGUCAAAUGUAAAAAUGACAGUUUGUAAAAGUAAAUUGAAUUCUACUAUUAGAAGGGCUUCUGUAAAUAAAUAAAUAAUUUGAAUUAAAUUUUACAUUAGCCUUCUAAAAGAAAGCUCGUCUAGAACUGAGAUAGUGUGCAUAACAAGAGUUCGUCUUUGUGUGGAAGUUCCGGUGUAGCUCUUGCGGUACUGCGGCGGCGGCGCUACCGCAAUCAAUCACGGUGUUCGCAAUGUGGGAUUCGUCAGCGUUCUUGGGUGCGCUUACACCCAAGUUCUACGUCGCACUCACGGGCACCUCUUCGUUGAUCUCCGGUCUAAUCCUGAUCUUCGAGUGGUGGUAUUUCCGCAAGUAUGGCACGUCAUUCAUCGAGCAGGUGUCGCUCACGCACCUCGGGCCGUGGCUGGGCGGCGGCGGCGCGGCGCCGGAGCCGGACGCGGCGGAGUGCAAGGUGUGGCGCAACCCGCUGUCGCUGCUGCGCGGCGCGGAGUAUGGCCGCCUGUGGAGCGCCGCGCGCCGGGCGCCGCUCACCUACUACGACAUGAAUCUGUCGGCGCAGGAACACCAAGCUUGGUUCGGCUGCGGAGCUGAGGGCCCCGCGGAGGAGGCCAUGGCGCGCGCCUGGCGCGAGCGCGAGCCCGGCGCGCGUGUGGCCGCCGCGCGCGCCGCGCUCGCACUGCGCAGCGACUGCGCCGCCGCGCUGCUGCUGCUGGCCGAGGAGGACGCGCCCACCGUGCACGAGGCCGAGCGCGUGCUGCGGCGCGCCUGGCGCGCGGCCGAGCAGGCGUGGCGCGCGUCGGCGGCGGCGGGCGCGGCGGCCGAGGCGCGGCGCGACGCGGCCGUGCUGGCGCACGUGAAGCGGCGCGCGGCCAUGUGCGCGCGGCGCCUGGGCCGCCUGCGGGACGCGGCGCGCCUGUUCCGCGAGCUGGCGCGCGACGCGCCGCCCGCGCUGCACGCGCUGGCGCUGCACGAGAACCUCAUCGAGGUGUUGCUGGAGCAGAAGGCCUACGCCGACGUGCAGGCGGUGCUGGCGCGGUACGACGACGUGGGCCUGCCGCGCUCCGCCUGCGUCAGCUACACGGCCGCGCUACUGCGCGCGCGCGCCGCCGCCGCCGCCGCCGCCGCCGGGCCGGCCGCGCGCCAGGCCGCCGAGCUGGCCGCGCUCGACGCCAUGCGCCGCGCCAUCGACUUCAACCCGCACGUGCCCGAGUACCUGCUGGAGCUGCGCCCGCUCACGCUGCCGCCCGAGCACGUGCUGCGGCGCGGCGACAGCGAGGCGCUGGCCUACGCCUUCUUCCACCUGCGGCACUGGCGCGCCUGCUGCGGCGCGCUGCGGCUGCUGGGCGCGGCGUGGGCGGCGGCGGAGCGCGGCGCGGGCGCGGGCGCGGCGCCGGCCGCGGCGGACCGCGAGCUGCUGCCGGCGCACCACGCGGGGUCGGGGCUGGCGCGGCGGCGGGCCCCGGCGCUGCUGCCGCUGGCGGCGGCGCUGUGCGCGGCCACGGCGCUGCUGGCGCUGCUGGCGCACCGCUGGCCGGCGCAGGCGCACGCGCUGGCGCGGGCGGCCGCGGCCGGGCUGGACCCGCGCCGCUUGCACACUCUGCUCGCCUGCGUGUGAGGAGCGCGAGUGAUCUGUCUGCAUUUAAUUAUCUACUAAUAAUAAAGUCUUAAUCGCCUA